AUGUCCUCCCAACAACACAAAUUUAAGCGUCCAGAUGUCUCCGUUAGAGACAAGAAAUUGGACACACUUAACGUUCAAUUGAAGAAAAUCGACACUGAGAUCGGCUUAAUUAGAAAGCAAAUCGAUCAACACCAGGUCAACGAUACCACUCAACAAGAACGUAAGAAGUUGCAAGAUAAGAACAAGGAAAUCAUCAAGGUGCAAGCUGACUUGAAGACCCGUAGAAGUAACAUUCACGACUCUAUCAAGCAAUUGGACGCUCAAAUCAAGAGAAAAAACAACCAAAUUGAGGAGAAGUUAGGUAAAAAGGCUAAGUUCUCUUCCACUGCAGAAGCCAAGCAAAGAAUCAAUGAAAUUGAAGAGUCUAUUGCGUCUGGUGACCUUUCUUUGGUUCAAGAAAAGUUACUUGUUAAAGAAAUGCAAUCUUUGAACAAAUUGAUCAAAGAUUUAGUUAACAUCGAGCCAAUUAGGAAGUCUGUUGACGCUGACAAGGCAAAAAUCAGCCAAUUGAAGGAAGAAUUGAACGGAUUGAAUCCAAAGGAUGUCUCUAACCAAUUCGAAGAGAACCAGCAAAAAUUGAACGAUAUCCAUUCAAAAACUCAAGGUGUUUAUGACAAAAGACAAACUUUAUUCAACAAGCGUGCUGCUUUGUACAAGAGACGUGACGAAUUAUAUAGUCAAAUCAGGCAAAUCAGAGCUGACUUUGACAAUGAAUUCAAAUCUUUUAGAGCUAAGUUGGACAAGGAACGUUUGAAACGUGAAGAGGAACAAAGAUUAUCCAAACUUUUGGAACAGAAAGAUGUUGACAUGGGCAAAUUGCAAGAAAAGUUGACUCAUGCGAAAAUCCCAGCCUUCACUUAUGAAAUCGGUGCCAUUGAGAACUCUUUACUUGUCUUGGACCCAACUUACGUGAAACCAAAGAAAAACGUCCUACCUGACUUAAGUGGCAAUGCUUUGGAAACCAAACCUGCCAGAAAAGUUGUUGCUGAUGACUUGGUUUUGGUCACUCCAAAGAAGGAUGAUUUUGUUAAUGUUGCUCCAUCCAAAUCUAAGAAAUACAAGAAGAAGAACCAACAGAAGAACUCUGAAAAUGAACAACCUGCUUCCAUUUUCAACAAAGUCGAUGGUAAGUUUACUUUGGAGCCAACACUAAUUGCUACUUUGGCUGAGUUAGAUGUCACUGUCCCAAUCAACAGUGAUGAUGUCAAGGUCACCGUUGAACAAUUGAAGAAAAAGCACGAAGAACUCUUGUCGAAGCAAGAAGAUCAAACCAAACAAAAUAUUGAAUCUGUUGAAAAGGAAAUCGAAAAGUUGAACCUGGAUUACGCCAACAAAGAACAACAAGUAAAAAAGGAAUUGGAAGAAAAAAGAUUGAAAGAACAGGAAGAAUCUGAAAAAGAUAAGGAAAAUUGA